AUGGCGACGCGCGGUGGAAAAUUCCAGAGUGCUGGCGGGACGAAAGCCAUGAAUCUCACAGAAAAAUGUUCGCACUUAAUUCGAGGGCCUGUCCUACGCGAUCAAACGCGUCGGUUUCUGAGGGGUGGGAACAACCCGGGUCAAAAUGCUACUUACGGACAUCCGUUGCCCUUGAUUGUGGGUUCGAAUCUCCACGCGCGCGUGACGACGACGACGGCGGCGGCGGCGGCGGCGGCGGCGACGACGACGACGACGACCGAGCGACCGACCAACCCAGCCCUACUGAAGGGAAUCGACUGGGGCGAUGAUACACGAUCCCCGAUGCUGCGAGAGUUCGACAGACAUGAAAAAGGAGUCGAGGGGAUCAAUCGCGCCCCAUCCCAGCCCCCGAAGGACCGUUUGAGUCACCAUGCGAUUGGCAGCACUUCGCGUCUACGCAUGUGCUUCGGGCUCACACUAGCGGAGCACGAAGCUGCUGGGAUCGUCUGCAUCUCCUUCAAUAUAAGCUGUGCGCUCCGAGCCAUCAAUAUCCCAAAAUUCAUCAUAGAUUGUGAAGUUUAUUCCGUCAAGGGUGGUAACGCUGUCCUUGCAGUGCUACCAUUCAUUGCCAGGGUUCAAGAACCAAGUAAAGUUCUGAUUCGCGCGGCGCGCCUUGGUUUGCUUGAGUCUUUGCUUGGCAACGGAAGGUCAGUCGCUGAUGACGGAAAAUUCUCACCGGGCCAGCCGGUCGGUGCCACCAACGGCAUGUGCUUGGUGGACGCAGGCCCUUCCGAGUCUCUCGGCUACGGACAACUUGGGGCAUACGCAAUCCGUUCAAACACAUUCGCCUCUAGGCUAGUCCACCAUGUAUUGGGGGAUAAACCUGGGACGGUACCUCAUGAGGGUGCGACUGGUACAGUAUUGGAAUCUUUGCGUCAUAGUGCAGUCGUGGCGCAGCUUCUUGCAUUGGGGCCUGCGCCAGCACCACUGGCUGUGAUCGCCAAAUUCAUGGGCCAGGUUGCUCAAAUAUUCGCUGACCUACUUCGUCAAACUCCAACGAGCAAGUGUUACUGUAAGAUGAGAGCAUUAAGAUUACAGCGCACGGGACAGCUCUGGCACAUAGAGUUAGAGAGCAGUGAUGGGAGCGGUAUGCAUCAUUCCAUCUAUGCCGAGCAUGUUAUUCUCGCCCUAGGUGCUUUCCAGGAAGCACCACGAUUGAACCAGCGACAUCACCAGACCAAGGUGGUCUGCUCCAAUGAUGUUCUUUCCAAGGGAGGGCUACAAAUGAUACGUGCAAAACUAGGGCCAAAGCAUGGAAAGGUCUGUGUUGUUGGUGGUGCACAUUCGGCUUUCUCUGUGGCCUGGCUAUGUCUGCGCGGCGAAUCAACGCAGUGUGAGAUCCUGAAUACCACCUCUGCAGUCUCAUCCAUCCACAACACCCACACUGCUGCCAAGUCCCCACACCGCAGUCUUGGGUCUAACACAACAGCGCCAGUUGUGACGAAUUUGGAAUCAACAUCUGUAAUCUGUGUCGAGCAGCAGAUCAGAGAUCGCACUGAUCAGAGCUCUGCAUCAUCACCUCCCACUGACGAGAGUUUGAAAUCUAUCGGAUUCGCCCCGAAUGCGAGUGAUGUUACGCUUGCACCUCUCCCUCCCCUUGAAAUCAGCUGUGCACGCACUCAACUUGUUGCACCAUCCAGUUUACCAUGCGCCGCGGCCUUACCUCAAGCUGCAACAAUCCACCUCUCUCUCAAUAUCUUGCAUCGUUCACCAGUGCGUGUCUUUUAUGUCUCGAAGCGUGAUGCAGAUGCUGACGGCUACAGGGACUAUAAGCAGACGAAUCGCCACGGGCAGGUUCACGCAUUUGCAGGCCUCCGCGGUGAUGCAAAGAACUUUUUCAAUGAUGUCAUACGCGGGCGUGAACCACGUGUACGCCUUUGCCAGGUCAAGCCAGGCGGUAGUAAGAGUCUCAUCACGCGUUGCUUUGAUGAAGCACAUGUCAUCGUUUGCCUUCGUACUGCCCAGGGUCAGAUUCAAGUUGAUCAACGAGGACGUAUACUAUGCGGCAUCUCAGAUUGCAUGCCAAAUCUUUAUGGCAAUGGUCACGGCUACGGUCUACCUGCCACGUACGAAAAUGGUGAACUUGACGGCUCCAAGGGACGUGCAGAUGGUGUUGCGGUUUAUAUGAAACAAGGUGCCGCUGUAAUUCUCCAUGAAAUUCUUGGUGACAGGUAUUCAGGGCCACCCCCGCACAUUUCCCCAGAUAGACCACCUCCACCUAAACUUGUCGCUGCCAACCCCGAAAAACAGCUUGCGCACGUCGAUCGUCUCUGCCAACCGAGGCCACCGGUUCCGAGCACUCCUCACCACUGUGCAGGCUGCAUCGCUUCGCCUGUUUCCAAGGUCACUCGUGGGUCGAAGAGGCCAAAGCAUGGCAAGAAGGUUACGCCGCCUAGACCAUGCACUCUCAUUGACCACCCCCCGAAUACGUUUCCCGCACCAGAAAAGGUGCCGCUAUUCAAUUCGAUUUCUUGA